UCAUCAUUUCAAGAUGGUUGACUCCCUCUGCCUGUAGAAGAAAGAAUCAAAGGAGUGCCUCUGACUGCCUCAACUUGCAUGAGGCUUGAUUAACUCUACAUUAUACAAUAAUUGAAGAAUCACAAGAUGUUGCUGCUCUCUCAUGACUCUACUGUUGGCUCUGCUGAGAGACAUUUCUUUCUAAUUUUACACCUGAUCUGUUUGAAUUUCAGUUCUAUCAAAGCUAAUUGUGGAUCAUCAACAUUUGAUUCAAUUCGCCUUGUUGGAGGGUCCGAAUAUUGGGAAGGACGUGUUGAAGUAUGCAUUAAUGGAUCAUGGGGUACUGUCUGUGAUGAUUCAUGGGACGUUCGUGAUGCUACAGUUGCUUGUAUUCAAUCAGGAUAUAAUGUGUACAGAGGAAUCCCUUAUAAGAAUUCAUAUUUUGGAGCAGGAAAUGGAAGCAUAUUUAUGGCUAAUGUUCGUUGCACUGGAGAUGAAUUCACCCUUACUGACUGCCCUCAUACAACUAAUCAUAAUUGUGACCACUCUAAUGAGGCUGGAGUUAGAUGUGAAAGCCGAGACAGUGAUGUACCAGAAGGAUAUAUUGUUGGAGGAAUAGUUGGUGGAAUUGUGUUCCUAAUCCUUUUAUUUGUGGCUGGGAUUGCUGUAUGUGUAGCUGUGCCUUGUUUUACACGUGUACCAAAAUCCUCCAGAGCCAUAAGAACAGUACCUGUUGAUAUGCCAGCACAAGCUACUAGUACUGAAUCCCAGACUAUUACAAAAAAUCAAUCUUAUGUUGAGCAGAAUAUAGUCUGAUAAAUCUAUCUUGACAAAUCAUCUACUUGUUUUAUGUAGCAUAUUUCAUAUUUUUAAUAAAAUGAUUUCACAUAUGCAACCAGCAUUUGAUGUAAUUACAGCA